CGCGACAGAGAUCGUGAAAGAGAUCGUUCCCGUGAACGAACACGCCGUGAGGAUCGAGAUCGUGAUGAUCGUGAUCAUCACAGAAGCAAGAAGAAUAGCAAGGAUGAUGAAGAGCGUGAGAUUGAGGAAGCAAAUGCACUUCGAGCAAAGCUUGGCUUGGCUCCGCUUGAGCGAUAGAAGCUGUAUUAUUGUUACAAUUUAAAG